CCUCUACCCUCUUCUUCUAUCCCUCCCUUAAGCUACUAUCUACCACUGUUACCACUAGUUCAUCGAUGAGCCACAGUGACGCUCAGUAAUUGGCACUCGAUGUAAAGCAAUCUCGUUGUUUUCUCCCUCGACGAGAAAACUCCGGCUCACGCUCACUCCGAUCCGAAAAAAAAAAGUUGUUUCGUUUGUAGAAGUUUUCUUAGAUUCAGAGAAAAUGUCUGUAAUUUGGAUAAGAAGAAAAAAGAAAAUUCUUCGUCGAUCAGCUGUGUGUUAGAACGAUUAUAGGAAAUUGCCGUCCGCGAAAUUUUAUUCGAAACGUGGCGUUAACUCGAGGCACGAAGGACGAGAAGAAUUUUAUUCCGAUAAAUUUCGCGGAGAACGAAUCAACGGAAUUUCCACACUGCGCGUUAAUGAACGCGGCAAUUUGUGAAAAAAAAAGAAAAGAAAAAGAGAAAGAGGAAAAGAGAGAAAGAGAAAGAGAGAGAGAGAGAGAGAGAGAGAGAGAGAGAGAGGAAAGAUAAACGACGAAUCGUAGGCAAGUUGACACUGGCAUACUCGACGAAUCUCUUGCUAUGCGUUACAUACGGUUGAGAAGUGGAUGUCUUCCGCGACGUGAUUUUCCGCGGCUGCGUCUUCAUUAUUCGUAUAAUUCAGAUGUUAUUGGUUCUAAAGAGAACAAAAAAAAAAAAAAUAAAGAAAAUAUUGAAUCGAAUUUGAAAUGUUACUAAAAGGGAAAGGCAAAGAAAAGAAAAGAAAAGAAAGAAAAGCAACAAGGAAAAACGACAAAUAAAAAGAGCCGACGAGAACGAAAAAUCGAAUCGAUUGGACUGGGAGACAUAAAUCUUACGAUACUUCACGAAGCGGUUAGCGGAGUCGUUAAAACUUAAUGGCGCUUAAAUCCGACGAAUUGAGCGUGAAGCCAUCGAUAACCUCGCCUUCUACUAUUCGUUCUAACAUUUUUUUUGUCUUCCUCUAUCUUUUUCAAAGCAAACUGUGGAGAGAGAGAGCGAGAGAGAGAGAGAGAGAGAGAGAGAGCGAGAGAGAGAGAGAGAGAGAGAGCGAGAGAGAGAGAAAUGAAAUCGCGAUAAGAAAGAAAUGCUUAUGAUAAAUUCCUCGUGAUUGAUGGGGUUGCUUGGCGAUAAACAAAAAACAAAGCAAAGGAAGAAGAAAAAAAAAAAAGAAAAAAAAAUAGCUCAUUUGUGGCACGAUCUAGCAGCCUACUUUCGAAGAGCUUCUUCAUUAUUCGUGGACAUCGAGAUCAGGCAUCUGUCUAGUCUAUCUCUCUCCUUCUCUCUCGUUCGUGCCAAUGCUGUUUGCCCAACAAUCACGUUAAACGGAUUAUCUUGAUCACGUCGGAUGAACGAUCAAAUAUGUGCCGGCUUUUCCUCGACCGACGGCGGGACCUUCGCAAGCGGAUAAUUGAUUGGAUUCUAUUUGCACUGAUCCGCUGAUACAGAAGAACAAAAAGAGAGAGAAAGAGAGUGGAAGAGGAACAAGGAUACAUUUACACCCACGAAAGCUUUUGACCUUUUUUAUACGCUAUCGUUCAGUCCAAACCUUGCCUACCUACAACGAACAUCCUAUCUUUCGUGCUUGAAUCCAAAUACGGCUACUUUAUCGAUAGCUAUCGAAAGAGUUAGAUUUUCUAUAAAAAUUUAAAGAAAAGGUGACGUUAAUAGCCGCCUCUUUCGAUCGAAUCAAUUGAAAAACAAAACAAACAGAAAAAAAAUAGAGAGAGAGAGAGAGAGAGAGAGAGAGAGAGAAAAAAAUAAGAAAUCUCAUUCCACGAAAGUAUGUAUAAAAAUCACAUCGUAUCAUUGAGAUAUAUUUAUCAAUUAUGCAGAAACAUAAAUGUUUAAUACCAAUCCUGGUUGAUAGUAGUACUGCUUGUUGGCGUGUAACUCGAGUAGUCUGGUGAACGAAGGUCAAUCGAGUUCAACGAGACCCACGACGCCCGUGUCGAUGCAGUCGAUGAUCGUGCUAGAGCGGAAGUUCAACCGCUUACUCGCUGUUGAGUUGUGAAUUUGAAUCCGUCGCGCGGAAUAAACGCAUCCUCGUUUUCCUCCACGUUUCCUACAGCUUAUAUACCUCUCCUUGGUGGCACGUUCAUCAUCGAUAACAAGCCGAGAAAACGAGAGACGACGAUGACGACGACACUACCUGUUCCCGCAUACUAAUUCUCUUAGUCAAGUGAUAUCGAUUCGAAGGAAACCUGCAAGCAAGGAUUCUAAUCGUGGUGAAAUAAUUAAACGCUAAGGAAGGAGAACGAGCAAGAGAAAGGUGGAAGAGGAGGAGGAGGAGAAGGAGAAAGAAAAGGGUAGAGAAAAGGAGGGCGAAAGCACGUUAAUCGUUAAGAGAUCGUUGAACCUGAUAAAUUAGGAAGUUCAUAGAUAUCUAUAUAUAGAGAGCUAGACUCUUUGCGAGAACUCACACUUUGGAGAAUUUUACGGAGGAAAGAGGAAAAAAAAAAAGAGAUAAAAUAGGAUGAUGCCUUUAAAAAAAGAAACUAUUAGAAUCGCGAGAGUGUUCAUGAAAUACCGAAAAGGAAAAGGACAACGACGAAAACGAUUCGAAAGUUUCUGCCAAACUUUGCAAUACUAUUGCUCUCAUACAACUGUCCACGGCUUGAGAUAUGUCUCGGAUAAAGAAUUAAGUUACUUCGAGAGACUUUUCUGGCUGUUUAUAGUCGUUCUUUCGUCGAUUUUUGCCAUUGGAACGAUCUACAUGAUAGCCGAAGAAUUUCAGACUUAUCCAACGUCCUCGAGCAUAGAAUCAACGAAUUACAAAAUUUCUGGCAUACCCUUUCCAAGCGUGGUCAUUUGUCCGAACCAGCACGUAGAUUGGAAUACGGCAAUGGAUCUCGAGAAAAAAAUCUUUUCUAAUUCUACGAAAGAAAACAGCGUCACGACUUUUCGUGAAUUACUAGAGAAACUAUCGAUCAUAAAUCUUGGUGACUUCGAUCUUUUCAUGUUCCUAAAGAAUCGAGAUCUUGACGAACUCGCUGAUAUCAACGUGACGAGAAUACUUCUGGAAACGAUACCAAAGUGUUCAGAUCUCUUCUCUCGUUGUUGGUGGCGAAACUCCUAUCGUGACUGCUGUGAGAUCUUCGAGGUUCAAAAGACAGAGUAUGGCUUUUGUUACUCCUUCAACUCGGAGUUGUCAGAAGAAAGGAGAGAUCAAAUUGAAGACAAGGAAACGCGACCGCGAAGAACAUCUGGUUAUGGCGAAUGGAGCGGCGUUCAACUGAGAAUGAAUUUGGAGAAUAUAAAAAAACCACCAAACUCUAAAGAAAUGGACGGUGGAAACGUGAUGAUACAAGGACCGAGAGUUUGGCCUAACAGCGGCACCAUGACACCAGUCGGCGUUAUUCUCAACAUUGCCUUAGACUGUAUUUCGGGAUAUGCGACACAGCGAGUCCUCGAGCUCGACGACGACAGGAUGCCGUGCAAAUACGACGAGAACGGACUUUACAACCAGCAAACCUGCAUAUCUUUUUGCAAGCGAGCUUACGCGGUCAAGUACUGCGGCUGCAAUCCGUCCUUUCUAUUUCCAUCCAUUACUGCCGUUCGUGAUUGUAAUAUCAAAGAUCUAAUUUGUCUCGCAGAGAAUAACGAUAUAUUCAAUUCGUAUUAUCUGCUCCAAGACAAACAGAUACUCGAUGACAAACCAGGAAUGUUAUGCGAUUGUCCACCAGAAUGCGAAUAUUAUUUCUACAAACCACGAUUGACAGUAGUACCGAUAUCAGGAAGCAAGGAUAUCAUCGUGGACAUACAUUUCGAGACGCAAACGAGCUUUCGAUAUAAGACCGACAUUGUCUUAACGAAACUCGACCUCCUUGUAUCAUUCGGCGGCAUUAUCGGCUUGUUUCUCGGAGGUUCUCUUCUAAGCGCGGUGGAGCUCAUUUACUAUCUUCUAGUUCUCCUGUAUUGUUGUGUUUCUUCCUGGUACAAGUCGGCUAAGCGAAAAGUUAACGUUCAAGGAGAGAGCGAAUCUGUGGUAACGGUAAUUCCAAGAUUACCUAUUCUGGAUUAUGGACCCCUGAAAUCGCAAUCGAGGAAGAUUCCGAAUCUACUCGUCUACGAUUACGAGAAGCAGAAACCCGACAGAUAUUGAAGCAAUCACGAUGAAACUACGGAUUUUUUAGAAACCUGAAAAGUGUAUGGAGAACAGGAAGAUAAAUGCAGAGUAAACAACUUCAUUAAAUCGGUACUAAGAAAUCCGGAAAAAGCGACUAACAAGAAGAAAGGGUAAGGAACAGCUGUAGAAAGUGCGCAGAAACGUCACGUGACGAGACAAGUACCACUUCACGUUUCUCUCUCUUUCUCUCUCUCUCUCUUUUCCCUUCUUCUCUUUCCCUCUUUCUCUUGUCGGAGAUACAUCACGCGUACCAAGUAAAAUCGUUCCAUAGUUUCCGUAUUUUCGUCUUUACCACCAUGGGAAUGCUUCGCAUCCGGUACUAAGGGUAAGAUGGGACUAAAUGUACGCGGCUGUCUAACGGGCCUCCCAUUUAGCCAUUUAUUAUUUACGAUGAGUAUACUGAAGAGUUAAAGGUAAGACGUGCAAGAAGGACGGAUGAAAGAAAAUAUAGAGAGGAGUUGAGUAGAGGUGAGAAGUAACCUUGUGUUUCGUUCAUAACAUAACAACGUCGAGAGUGUAUAUACAGCGACGAACGGGGACUUCAGUAUUUGUAUAAUAUGAAUAUGAAAAUAUAUUCAACAUAUGUAUACUAUUUUUAUACUAUGUAUAUAUAUAUAUAUAUAUUAUGUGUAUACUAUGUGUAUACUAUGUGUAUACUAUGUUUUUUGAAAAAAAAGGAAACUUUAGUAUAUUGUUCAAUGUGUACAUAAAAAAAAAAAGAGAAUAGAUGAGAAAAGUCAACUUGCGUUUAAUCCGUAACGUAACAGCGUCUACUAUUUAUAUAUAUAUAUAUAUGUACACCAUAUUUUUAAGACAAAUCGACUUUGUUAUAUAGUCCAAUAUAUAUGUACGUAUAUAAAAGACGAAGGGAGAGGAAACAAAAAAGAAAGAAAAAAGAAAAAUAAGAAUCCCUAGUCUCGUGUACGAGCGCUUAUCUCCCUUCAAGUUUUCCCGUCGUACGUGUAAGAUUUAUCCGGCUCUGAAAGGUAGGAAGCAUUGCCAAAGCACAGCUUCUUUUUUCUCUUUUUUUUUUUUUCUUUUUCUCUCCCUUCUCUUUUCCAAAGCAUCCGACAACGGUUCCAUCAUACGUCGUUCACUGAUAACGACGUUUCCUUCCUUCCUUCCUUCCACUUGAGAAGACAGUACUUCUACAUACAGCAGUCGACAAAAUUAUAGGAUAUAAGGUACUACGUGUAAACGAGUUUUGCGAAGGAAUGACGUCAGCAUCGACUACGUAAAUACUUUUUUUCGAUCGAGCAAAACAUACAUAAAUGUUGUCGCGUUCUAAUUUCUUUCGAAUAUCGCGAUGACGAUUCAAUAUAUACAUACAUAUAUAUUUUUUUUUCUAAAGAAUAUUUUUAAAACACGAGAGUCCCGAAAAUAUCGAAAUAUUCUCUACGUUUUCUGUACGAAAUUCUCUUUAAUCGGUACGAGCUUCGUAAAGUUCCAAGACUAUGUAGUUCUUGCCAAAGCAUUUGUUAUAUAAGUUCAGGGAGUAAAUAUUUCGAGAAGCAAUGAAGUAUUUGACUUGGAACGUCCUACGAAUAUAAAAUAAAUGUCUCUUAGACAUCCUUUUAUUCUAUUUUAUUAACAAAAAAAAAUUAGACUUCGUUCUACCUAUGGUUAAUAUUUUUAAUACAUAUUUGUUAUAAAAUCCAUUGUAAAGAAGAAAAAUAAUAGUUAAAUUAAUGCAAAACUUUACUCAGAUACAAUCGAUAACAAUUCGAUCGGAACGAAGCAAUAUGAUUGAUACUUUGUGUCAAUCGUGAAAAUUCUUAUAUAAUGUAAAAGAAUGUAAAAUAAUGUAAAAAAAAAAAAAAAGGGAAAUAUGAGAAAGAAAAAGAGACGGAAAAAAAAGUUAAACGAAAUAAUCGAUUAUAUAUCAAGUUUAAACGUGUUGCUUAGAGAAAGCGUGUGUUCCUUCUUAAAGGCGUAUUACUAUUCAAAGGACGAACAGAAAGUGGAAUAAAAACGAAAUAAGUAGAAAGGAAUAAAGCGAGGAUAAGAGACGCGAGUUCGUAAGCUUUUAUAAGCUCGCAUCGUUGGUGGAUCGGUCGUCGUGAGACGUUAGCCUUUCGAGAUGGAUAAAACUGUCUGGUGUUAAGAGACUCUCUCUCUCUCUCUCUCUCCUUCUCUCUCUUUCUAUCUAUCUCCCUUUACUUCUCUUCUUCUACUUAUCACCCAGCGCAUGUCUGUUCGACGUGGCCUUACUGAUAUCGGUAACAGCUUGGGAGAUUGGUGGUUUGCUCGAGAGAAGGUAAGAGAAGAAAGAGGAGAAGGUAGAUGAUGAAGAAGUGGAAGGAGUUUGAGCUUACUCGAGACUAGGAGAGCUAAGAAAGGAGAGAGAGAGAGAGAGAGAGAGAGAGAGAGAAUAAAGAUGAAAGGGGUGAGAGUAAAAGGGUGUAGAAAAAGCAAUCGUUGUCAGGGAAACGAAGGAAAUCUGCAUUUUGUCAAACUGUUGCUUGAAAGUUUCUAAGAAAACAGGUCCAUUGAGUUGAAAGGUGAGAAAGAUAAGAAGAAUAAAGAGAGAGAGAGAGAGAGAGAGAG